GCGUAGCAUUAGCCGUGAAUGGGCGGCCAGAGUGCAAGAUGGCGGAUUGCGAGUCGGAGGUGCACCGCUUGGCAGCCACGAAUCAGGACGGCAGUGCGAGGAACACGACGACCGUGACAAUGGUGAACAACAACGCGGCGCGGGUGCCGCAGCAUCCGCCGGGCCAGGACCGUCAGGACCCGGUCGGCCAGGGGCCGAGAUGCGUGACCAUCUACAAGACGGAGACGGGCUUCGGGUUCAACGUACGCGGCCAGGUCAGCGAGGGUGGACAGCUGCGGAGCAUCAAUGGCGAGCUGUACGCGCCGCUGCAGCACGUCAGCGCGGUUCUGCCGCGAGGCGCCGCCGAGAAGGCCGGCGUCCGCAAGGGCGAUCGUAUCCUGGAAGUGAAUAAUGUCAACGUCGAAGGCGCCACUCACAAGCAGGUGGUGGAUCUUAUCAAAUCGGGCGGCGAUGUUCUCACGUUGACCGUUAUCUCCGUGACGCCGCAGGAAGCGGAGAGACUGGAGCCCUGCGAGGAUUUGAGCUAUGCGUCGGUGGAUUACAGCGAGAAGCGAUCCCUGCCCAUCAGUGUGCCCGAUUAUCACGUUCGUGAGAGAAAACACGAGCGUUACGUAGUCUUCAAUGUCCAUAUGGCCGGCAGGCACUUGUGCUCGCGUCGAUAUCGGGAAUUCGCGGCGUUGCACAUGGCGCUGAAGAAGGAGUUCAUAGGUUUCAAUUUCCCGAAGCUACCAGGAAAAUGGCCGUUCCAAUUGAGCGAGCAACAGCUCGAUGCGAGGAGGCGCGGUCUUGAACAGUAUUUGGAGAAGGUGUGCGCGGUGCGAGUGAUAGCCGAGAGCGAUGCGAUGCAGGAGUUUCUGACCGAUCGAUUAGAGGAGGACGGGGAUCAGGGACCGGCGGUCGAUCUCAAGGUUCUAUUGCCGGAUCGCGAAGUCGUCACCGUGACGGUCCCGAAAGCGGCGUCGGUGAAGGAUGUCUACGAUGCGGUUUGCUCCCGGGUCGGCUUAGACGCCGAGACGGCCAAGUACUUUUACCUGUUCGAGAUUGUCGAGUAUAAUUUUGAACGGAAGCUGCAACCUCACGAACAUCCGCAUACUUUAUACAUUCAGAAUUACUCGACCGCCAGCGCGACGUGUCUAGCGAUAAGGAGGUGGCUUUUCAAUGUAAAUAGGGCUCUGAGCGAGCAUGCGUUGACUUGGAUAUUCUGGCAGACAAUCGACGAGGUGAACAGGGGUCACAUCACCGCGGGCGAACGAUUGUAUCAAUUGAAGGCUCUACAGGAUGCGUCCAGAAAACACGAGUAUUUAAAAUUGGCAAGAGAACUCAGCGGUUAUGGGGACAUCGUCUUCCCGCAUUGCGCGUGUGACUCAAGGAAGGAAGGCCACGUGAUACCGGCGGUAGGAACGGCCGCUUUCAAGCUGCACGCCGCAAAGGAGGAUGGUACUCUGGAGUCGCAGGUGGUGGAAUUUCAAUGGAGCACCAUCGCCCGAUGGGAGGUGGACGAGGAUGGGAUGGCGUUCUGCUUCCAGUAUACGCGUCAGGACAAUCGUCCUCCGCGCUGGCUCAAGGUCUUCACACCUUACUAUACGUUCCUCUCGGAUUGCUUCGAUCGAAUAGCCGAGGAGGCGAAAUGGGAUGACCCAGGGGAAUGACGUAAUGCUCGACGCUAAGAGGCAACCGGUGCGUAAUUGAUUGACGGUGUUUUUCCCAGCAUUCGCCUCUCUCCGAAAUUUUUCACUUAGGAAAUUUAGCGAUCUUGUAGACCGAGUCGGCGUUAGUGCGUGUACUUUUAGCAUAUCAGAUUUUUCCAUCUGUUAGCUUCACUGUUAUGUUCGGAACACUACCGGGGGUAGUUCUGCACCAGGAGAGAGCAUUUGCUUCCUUACGUUAUCACCGGAAAAACUCACGCGUGUAAAUGUAAAUACUCAUCCCGGUGAAACUGAUACCGGAAUGAAAUUACGAACAUUCGUUAUACCGAGACAUUCGCAGAUAGGAAUUAUAUUCUAUUUGAGAAUAGAAUGCGAUGAGAAUAAAUUUACGCCAUGCUCGUCCGUGAUCUGGUGUAGCUUUCUCUCGACGACGUGGGAUAAUUAUAAAUUUGAUUUUUAUAAAUACAGUUCGAGCUCUUUUGUUUCGUCGCGACGAGAUACGUGCCGUUUCUUCUUUCUUUUACGAAGAACGAAAUUGCGUACGCGAGGACACACACACACACACACACAAGAGAAUAAAAAGUACGUUAGUGUACAGCUACGUAGACUAUUAUAUCACGGGGAGAUACGGUCGCCCGCCUAGAAAAAGAAAUAAAACCACCUAUCCUUUUGGCCUAUAAGUUGUUACACAUAUAGCGCGCAAUUCUCGAUUAUCGAUGAGAGAAUCGAUCGAAUUAUACAUAUAUACAUAAACGUUCCACCUUGCUCGCCUAAUAGAAACCUGAAACUUUCCUUCCGUUUUGGAUCUGCGUGUGAGGGUGUUCGAAAUGUGCAUUUUCUAAUGUGCAAUAUUUCAUAAUUUCGUACGUACGAGUUUUUGUCAAUUCGUUACGCAGGAUAGUUUAAAUCGAGUAUAUUUGUAAAGGUGGUUUUAAAAAGUCUUUUUUUUUUUGCGGUUUGAGGAUUAAGAGGAUGAAUUUUGAAAGUUUUUGAAAGAAGAAAUAGAUACAUAUCACAUUAUAGGCUCAUCGACAAUAGCGUUAUACGCAUGAAAUUAAGAGAUUCUCUCUCUCUAAUCUUUUCUUUAAAUUAUCCUGUGUAACAAGGAUUUUCUUAAUGCACACGCAAUCUAUGUGUAAUAAAUCGAUCAAUUGGUCCUCUACACAUUUUAUUAAUUCCAUUAAUAUGUAUAGGGUAUUAGCGUUAAUGAAAGAUAGAGAAGAGAAAUUGUAAAUAUCAAUGUUAAAAAUAUACUUUUUUGAGAAGAAACUCGGUUGUUUCAAUAAAAUUAAUGAACGCAUUAUAUUGACGAGAUAUUAAUAACUGAGUCUCUUAUCCCGCGACUCGAUUAUUACGUAAAACUGCGUGCGUGCAAAUCAUGAGUGUGCGGAGGAUUGUAAUAAGAACCGAGGGCUGUUUUUCUCUCUCGAUCGGCGUUCUCGGUGAAACUUUAUCGGGCUACUCCCCCCUUUCCUCCCGUCAUCAAAUUUACAAAAGAUACUGUACGAUAGAAAAUGCGACGUUAGUGAUGCACGUCAUCUGGACAUAUAUAUCGCGUGUUUAUGCGGUAACUAGAGGAGGAGGAAAAUGAUAUAAAGACUCGGGACAGCAAUGUAUAACAGGGUCGUAUGGCACGACUGUUUCCUCCAUUACUAUUCGAAGGAAAAAUAAUACUCACUAAUAAUGUUAAGAGAGAUACACUGAUAAUAAUAGCAAGAAUCGUAUGAGGAUAAUGCUUAGCGACAUUUACACUGCUCUGCGUGCGAUGAUGAUUUUGCAAGAUCACCUGCCAUAAUCCAUUCGACGCGGAUUCACGAUAGAAAGCGAACAUUUGGAGCGAGUACUCUUGCAUACAUAUACACAUACAUAUAUAUACAUUAUACUCACACUGUGACAUUUGAUUGUCUCAAUGCACAAAGUUUCGUUCCUACAUACAUACUAUGUCUUCUCGCAAUGCUUAAAAAUCCACUUGUUCGCUUACUUGAGUGCAAGCAGUCUCAGCAAAUGAUAUAUAAAUAUAGAAAGAUAUGUAGAUAUAUUAUUAUCGUUAAUGUUUUUAAACUUUAUUCACGGCGAGUAUGCAACGAAUGGGAAAUGCGUGUAAAAAGAUUCGAAUGACGAGAGAUGUGUGUAUGAUGAAAAAAUUAUAUAUAUAUAAAUAUAUGCGCUCGCGCGCGAGGGCAGCAUAGUUAUGAUACUGUUAAUGGUAUGAUAGAAAUAUAGAACAUAAUAUAGAACGUAAUUAUAAUCGAAGACGCGAAUAUCCCAGUGAAUACAAGAUCCAUCAAUCGCGUAUUCACUCAAUCGAGCGAGCGAGACAAUUACAAUAAUGGUUUCCAUUAAUUCGUCAAGAGAGAGAGAGAGAGAGAGGGAGAGUCUGUCUGUUAAAGAACUAUGUAAGAUGAUGUGCGAGUGUUAGUUAGCAACGUGCGUGUGAAAUAUUAUUGGUAAUAAAUGAACCGAAUGAACCUUCGGAUGAUCUCUUAAGAUCUAUAUCGGAAUUUAUCUGAUCUAUCAUUUUGGUCGUGAUAUAUUAUUGAAGUCUGAGAAACCCGAGGAUCUCAUUGUGGUUAUUAUAUUACCAGUGAAAGAUUCGAGAUACACAUGAGACCUUUCGCGGUGCAUGCUUACAUUGAUCGGUGAAGUGAUAAUUAAUUUCCGAAUUGACGGGGCGAAAAAAGAAGCCUGUGGCGUCGAGAAUAGCCAUCCGUCUGGAGAAUGGCAAUAAUAAUUAUGAGGAGAAAAAUGAUGAUCGCGUAUAUAUAUAGUUGAUUGGUAGUAAAUAUUUUUUGAAAAAUCGUGCAGAAUAAAAUCGCAGAGGAUACGUCCAAGUAGAUUCAACUCUGACGCGAAAGAUCUGAUAAUAGUCGGAUUAAUGAUAAUGAUUUCGCAGUUUUGUAAAACUGUAAUCUUUAUCCCUUACAGUAUUUAUCUUAAUUCCACCAUUUUUUUUUAUGGCACGAUUUUAGCGCGUCUAUAUGUUAAAGAUUUUCUUUUCUUUUAAAAAGAUGCUUAAUGGAAAUUUCUUUUUAUUUCGCGUCUGUUGCAUUUUGUCGAAAUGCGUUUCUUACAGGGAAAUCAGUAAAUUUAAAUUGAGGCAGCUUAUUUAUAGUGUUUAAUUUGUUUAAUUAAUUGCUUCGUUAAUUAACGAGCUAGCCAGUUCGUUGAACGCAGAAUGACGAAAAAAAAUUAGAUAGUAUAAUUUAUUGUUAUUACAAGACCAUAUCAUUACGGUUAAUACACACACUUUAGGCGUUAUAAUUAAAAUAUUCUGUAUAAUCGUAGUACGUAAUAACAAAUGCUCCAAUUUAUCGUAUAACAUCAGUUCGCGUAAUUUUGCUGUAAAACUACAAUAGUAUUUCGAAUUAGCGAGAGAUAUUAUUCGAUUUCUUUAUGAGCCAUCUUAUUGAGAAACGGAAAAUAAAAAAAAAAAAAAAAAAAAAA